UUCUCUACUCUGUUGUAGGAGGUGCGCUUACUUCUAAUUCGGUUAGACUAUCGGUUGCCAUAUCACUACUUGGAACACUGGCAUUACUACAUAGUAAUGGUGUGGUCCAUAGAGACAUGAAGAGCGCCAAUGUGAUGUUAACUGGAUCUCUCCAACCU